GCCCGUCCCCGGCCGCCCCCGGCCGCCGCGAUGCCCGCCCCCCGGGGCCCCGGCGGCCCGCGCUCCUGCUAGGCUGCGGCGGCAUGGCCCGCGCGCCCGGCGCGACCUCUGCGGAUUGCAUCGGUGUGCGGCGGCGGGGCAUGCCCAGGGCACCGGGCACGGCCUUCAAUGGGCGAGGACACGGACACGCGGAAAAUUAACCACAGCUUCCUGCGGGACCACAGCUAUGUGACUGAAGCUGAUAUCAUCUCUACCGUCGAGUUCAACCAUACCGGAGAGCUGCUGGCCACAGGUGACAAGGGUGGCCGGGUUGUCAUCUUCCAGCGGGAACCAGAGAGUAAAAAUGCUCCUCACAGCCAGGGCGAGUAUGACGUCUACAGCACUUUCCAGAGCCACGAGCCCGAGUUCGACUAUCUCAAGAGCCUGGAGAUAGAGGAGAAAAUCAACAAGAUCAAAUGGCUCCCGCAGCAGAAUGCCGCCCACUCCCUGCUGUCCACCAACGAUAAAACUAUCAAAUUAUGGAAGAUUACCGAACGAGAUAAAAGGCCUGAGGGAUACAACCUAAAAGAUGAAGAAGGGAAGCUCAAGGACCUGUCCACAGUGACGUCACUGCAGGUGCCUGUGCUGAAGCCCAUGGACCUGAUGGUGGAGGUGAGCCCAAGGAGGGUCUUCGCCAACGGCCACACCUACCACAUCAACUCCAUCUCCGUCAACAGCGACUGCGAGACGUACAUGUCGGCGGACGACCUGCGCAUCAACCUCUGGCACCUGGCCAUCACCGACCGGAGCUUCAACAUCGUGGACAUCAAGCCAGCCAACAUGGAGGACCUCACGGAGGUGAUCACGGCAUCCGAGUUCCACCCGCACCACUGCAACCUCUUUGUCUACAGCAGCAGCAAGGGCUCCCUGCGCCUCUGCGACAUGCGUGCGGCCGCCCUGUGUGACAAGCACUCCAAAUUGUUUGAAGAGCCCGAGGACCCCAGCAAUCGCUCCUUCUUCUCAGAAAUCAUUUCCUCGGUGUCGGAUGUGAAGUUCAGCCACAGUGGCCGGUACAUGCUCACCCGGGAUUACCUCACGGUCAAAGUCUGGGACCUGAACAUGGAGGCGAGGCCCAUAGAGACCUACCAGGUCCACGAUUACCUUCGGAGCAAGCUCUGUUCCCUGUACGAGAAUGACUGCAUUUUCGACAAGUUUGAGUGCGCCUGGAACGGGAGCGACAGCGUCAUCAUGACUGGCGCCUACAACAACUUCUUCCGCAUGUUUGACCGGAACACCAAGCGGGACGUGACCCUGGAGGCCUCGAGGGAGAGCAGCAAGCCGCGGGCUGUGCUCAAGCCGCGGCGCGUGUGCUUGGGGGGGAAACGCCGGCGGGAUGACAUCAGCGUGGACAGCUUGGACUUCACCAAGAAGAUCCUGCACACGGCCUGGCACCCAGCCGAGAACAUCAUCGCCAUCGCGGCCACCAACAACCUGUACAUCUUCCAGGACAAGGUGAACUCCGAGGUGCACUAGGGGUGCGCAGAGCCCACCCCUUGAGGCAGCCUUCUGUGACUGUCCGGGCACAACCGCCCGACGGCAGUGCCAGGAGCGGGAGCAAGGACAACCCCAGGAGUGGCCCUGUGGGCAGCCGGUAACUUUGGCCCCGUUCCUCUGCAGUGUCCCUAAGGCCAGACCGCCUUUUGUCGGUAAUUGUCUCAAAACAGGACAAAGAAGGAUUCACAGCCACAAGUCACAAAACAGACGUGACUGUCCGCCUUGAAGCUCAGCUCAUUCAUUCCCAGACUUUCUGGCGUGCAGUCUUUACCGCGUUAAGAUUUUUACAUCUCCGGGUUAAUUUUUCACUCCAGCCGUUCCUUUUGGGGAAGCUGGCAUCCCGGGAGCCCUUUCUCUCAUGAGCCUCACUGGCCUCCGAUUGGGGCUCUGGGCAUAGAUAAUGAAGGUCAAACAAGCCAGCCAGGGAUUCUUUUGGUUAUAAAUGGAGCAGUUUUCCCAGUCUCAGAGCUGAGGGUCUCCCCUUUGCUUUUUGGAUCGUGAAUUUGUGCUGAGAAUCUGUGAUGCAAGCUCCCCUUUGGGGUUCUUUUAAUGCCUUUCAAUCCCCCAGGUCCAUUAGUUCCCUGAGAGGAAAGAGGGUCCUGCGAUCCAUGCGUGUGCGUGUGUGCGCACCAGUUACUCCCCCGAUUUAACCAACCUAUGCCGGGCAUGGUGCUGGGCCCUUAGGUGCACUGAUUGAACUCUUCCUCUGCGGGGCGCCCCUGUCAUCCUUCAGCAGUCUUUGAGCCCCUUGUGGGAACUUGUACUGGCUCCUCCGCAAGCUUUCUGAAUCCUCACGUGAUCCUGUGAUGUGGUGUCCGUUCAUUUCCUCCAUAAACACCAACUGCUCACUGAGUGCCAGGCUCUGAGCCAGAAGCCAGGGAUUAAAAGGUGAAGAAUUGGUCAUCCCCCUUGUACACCUGAGGAAACUGAGGCCCCCAAAGGAGAAACAGUUUGUCCAAGGCGGGCACCAAACAAGCGGUGGAGUCAGGAAUCCCUGCCUGGUCUUUGCACAAGGUGCUUUCUGAUUUACCACGUGAUGGCUCCUAUUAAAGCGACAUUCCAGCCUGGAAGGUUCUGGAGAUGCCUCCACCUUGUGAAGCAGGAUGAAGCAGGUAGGAUGAUAAUGGGUAGAACCAAGACGCAGAACCGAGAAUGGAGAAGAGCCCUGGUGGCUCCCUGCUCUGGCUGGUACCUUCAGGAGCUCGGCUUUCUCCCCGACUUUGCCCCACCCUACACCUGCACCCUAGCUCCUUCGCCAGAUGCACUGGACUGCCUUCAAAAGAAGAUUGCAUGUUAUGACCAUUUUAGGAUACAUUUUCAUGAAUGACCCACAGUUCUCAGAGGACACUUCCCGAGGGCCACAGAGAAUGCAGUUGUUUCCCAGCAGUGCCUCCUGCUCUGUCAAGGCGGCUCUGCCCACCCCGCCUGCCAUGCCCACCUGUCCCUGCCCUUGGAAUUGCAGCAGAACCACAUGGCUUGGCAUUUUGCUUCAGAAAACAGGGUGCAGAGGCCCUACGGAAUCCAACAUUUUUUUACAAGAUGUAACCUGAUCCGGGAAAUAGACCCACCCAAGAUUUUUCUCAGCGGAUAACGGUAUACUUUUGUGUGUGUCAAAGCACAAAACGCACGUGCACUCACUUCUGGCCGGCCACAAGGUACUUACGUAAGGUAAUGGGUCCAUCGCUUUUUUUUCCCCUAAUCAACAUGAAUGAAGAAUGUUUGUUUAUAUAUCACUGUAAAAUCCAGGUGGCCCGGACAGUAUUAUAUGUAUAUAUCUAUUCUAAUGCAAAUUAAUCACAGGUGGGUUCCUUUUUUUCCCCUUUGUAAAGAGGUUCAAGAAUGUGUUAAAUUGUAUAGAAAUCUUGUUGAAGCCAAAAUCCAGCUCUGAGGGCCUUACACAAUUACUCAGAUAUUUGGCACAAUCCAUUUCCCUUUGUGAUUCAAAUGCUGAGAAGACACAUGCAUUUGCAGUGAGAGGUUAUUGUCAGAUCAUAGGCUGAACAUUUACCAUCUACAAAGUACAAAUCUUACACUGUAUUCCAAAGGAGGGCUUAAUCCGGUUCCUGGUUCCUUACUUCUGUUUUAAACUUGGGAUACCAAACCAAAAAGGAAAGAAAGAAAGAAACAGAUCAUCUCAGAAGGAAGGUAGGACUUUGGAUUCUGGGAGAAUACUGAUGUCCUAAGCAAACUGUGAAUAAUAAAAUGUGUGUUCAGGAAAGAGUUGGAGCGGCACCGGGCAGAACUAGAAAUGGCAGGAGGGCCAGGGACAUAGUCACAGAAUUCGCUUCCUCACUCUGUUUAAACUUCCCGCUCUUCUUGAAUGUACGAGCGUUCACACAGUCAUUGUGAAGUAAUUGUUGGGUUGUUUUUGUGUUUUCACUUGAAUACUCUCUGAAGACUGAGUUCCUGGGGGUGCUGGGUAGGUGGUGGUAGAGUAGACAGCCUGAUCACGCUGGACUCUAACUCAUAGGUGCAUUCUUGUUUUCUUUGGUCUC